AGAUGUUGUGGUUCCUUGCGUUUAUGUUCUUUGGGGCGCUUGCAAGAAGUUCCCCCAUCGAGAAUGGAGCAGUCCUUGGCUCCAAGGCAUGUACUGUGGGGCCUUCCUACUGGUGUGCUCACAUUAGGAAUGCACGAGAAUGCAAUGCACUGCACCACUGCAUUGAUGCCGUCUGGACCAAGCAGAAGCUGCCGGUGGACGAUGAUGAUGUGUGCACCAUCUGCAAGAACAUGGUCCAAGAGGCCAGAGAUACUCUUCUGAGCAAUGAGACCCAGGAGGAGCUGAAGGAAGUAUUUGAAGGGUCAUGUCGCCUGAUCCCACUCAAGAUUGUAGCUGAUGAGUGUGUGAAGCUUGCAGACGAGUUCAUUCCCGAACUCGUUGAGACCCUGUCUUCUGAAAUGAAUCCUCAGAUGGUAUGUGCUGCAGCUGGACUAUGCAACAGUGAGCGGAUUGACAAGCUCCUUGCAGGCUCUACAUCCGAAAAUACUCAAGUUGCGUUGGAGGUGUCAUGCAAAACUUGCAAGAAGUACUUCACCCCCAUCAUGGAGAGGAUUCAUGAGGCAUCUGAUCAGGACAUCAGGCAGCACCUUCUCAUGGCCUGUGGAUACCUGGGAAGCCAAUCGGAUGGAUGCGUGAUGCUAGUUCAGCAGUACUCUGACUCCUUGGUGAAGCUGGUCAAAGAGAUGGAUAUCUCAACACUUUGCCUGUAUUUGGGAACCUGCAAUCCAACUGGGACGGUCCCCUCGAAGGUCCCUGGGAUGUCUGAGCUGGAGGAAUCUCCCGUUCGUUCACUAGUCUCUGUCCCUCGAGAGCCAUCAGAGGAGUGUCAGUUCUGUUUGGCUGUGUUCACACACUGGAGGGACAUGAUCGUCUCCAACACCUCUGCCCAGGAAUUCCGUUUGGUCCUUGAAGGCUUAUGCAAACAGACAGGAACUUUUUCCAAAGAGUGCCUGAGCCUGGUGGACAAGUAUUCUGUACCAUUCUAUGACUGGAUGUCACACCAAUUCAAUCCUAAGAAGAUCUGCCGGGCCAUCUAUCUCUGUCCUUCUGUCUCCAUCCAGCAGGCAAACAUCUGGACUCUGCUGCCAUCGCAAAAGAUAAUCCUUGCCACACCACUGGAAACCCCCAUGCACAUCAUUGGAACUGAUGAGGCCGCUGCCUUCAAGUUGGAUGAAGAGAAGAAAAUCCCAGCUACCCCACUGGAAAGUCCUAUGCAUAUAAUUGGGACUGAUGAAGCAGCUGCCUUCAAGUUGAAUGAGAAGGAAAUCCCAGCUACCCCCCUGGAAAGUCCUAUGCACAUCAUUGGGACUGAUGAGGCAGCUGCAGCCAAGCUGGAAGAGGAGAAGAAGGAUGAAGUAUCACACCUCCAUCGGGUCUCACUUAAGAAAGACCCAACCAUUGUGUCCCAGGUGCACUUGAAUAGUGAAGCCUCAGGUGAGGAAUGCAUCAUGUGCCAGUACCUUCUCCAUGAACUCCAGAACUACCUCUCAGAGGAACCCACCAAGGAGGAGAUAGAAAAGGCAGUAGGACAGGUGUGCUCCGUGCUUCCAUCCUAUGUACGGGCAGAAUGUCAUAAUUUCAUCCAGACCUAUGGGGACCUCAUCAUUGCCCUCCUUGUGCAGAACAUCGAUCCCUCUGUUCUCUGCAAGCAGCUAAACCUGUGCCCAAAGGAGAUUUUGUUGACAUCAACUAUAGAGCCAGAUCUUCGUUGCCAGGCAUGUGAGUUUGUUCUCUACGCCAUCAGGAACUACCUUUCACAGAACAGUACUGAGGAGGAGAUUCAUGAUGCCUUGGUGCAAGUGUGCGAUAAGCACAUACCAGCAGAACUGAAGACUGCAUGCAAGACUCUGGUGGAUGACUAUGAGGCGGAGAUUGUUGAUGGGCUCAUCAUGGACCUGAACCCAGAGGAAAUAUGCCGCUUUAUCCGACUCUGCAAGAAGAAAUCCACCCAGGAACCUGAAUUUGAGAGCAAUGAGAUUCCACCACUGCCGCUUGAUGCGGCAAAGGCACAACUCCCACUGGAGAGAAUCUUCAUCCCAGAGAACCAUGGAAUUGGACUUAGCAUCACACCCAAGGGGGAGUCAGGGAACUUAAACUCAGGCCAAAAAGUUGGCUCUGCCCAAUGUGUGAUCUGCGAGUUCGUCAUGCAAGAGCUGGAGCAGCUCCUCAAGGACAAUGCCACUGAUCACCAGAUUGAGGAGGCACUACGGCAGGUGUGCAGCCUUCUCCCAAAGACAGUGCGGGGAGAAUGCAAUGCAUUUGUAGAACAAUACUAUGAGUCUCUGAUCCAACUCCUCGAAAGCCUGGCUCCUGAGGAGGUUUGCAGUAUGCUCCAGCUCUGCAUGUCGUCAGGUGAAACCAUGCAAGUGCCCAUCCAGGAUUUGAAGCUGGACAAGUGUGAUGGAUGUCGCAUGGUCAUUGAUUACUUGGACCGGCUCCUUGAGAACGAAGACGUGGAGAAGUAUGUUGUUGAUGAUCUGGUCAAGGUCUGCCACAUCAUGCCGGCCUCUUAUUCUCUCCAGUGUGAGGAGCUUAUUGACACCUUUGGGCCAUAUCUUCUGGAUCUCCUUGGAGAGCUAAAUGACAGCAUGAAGGUUUGCCGUGCAAUUGACGUCUGCCCGAAGGAAUCGGGUCUCCUGCAGCUGUACGGUGGACCGCGAUGCUUCUGGGGAUCUACCUACUGGUGCCAGUCCUUGCUCCAUGCUAAAUCCUGCAAUGUAAAUUGGACUUCUGCAAGAACCUGUGGGCAGAGCAAGGCAAGAUUUGAAGAGCCACCUCUGCCUCAGUGUCCUUUGAGGGCAUUGGACAACUGUUAUCUGGUGUGAUACGAUUUUACCUUUCAGUUAGAUCAUCUCGUGAUUUGUGAUCCCACAGCCUUUGAUGUAUUUUUUCAUUCCCUGCCUUGCUGCAAUAGGCAAUGAUCGUUGUGUAAGAAAAUCCUGAUUGAAAGUUAAGCUGCAUUGUGCCAUGGUAAUCAAGAAAGGAAAGCCUAGAUGCACCUUCAACAGUUGAAACAAUAGGAGACUUUAUUGCAGCCAGUGCAUAGGGGUACAUUUGUCAAUACAUUCUUUUCAAUAACAUGGAUAAAUAUUUCAAAUUUCAACAUGUAAGUUGUAGACUUGAAGGAUAAAUACCAUGUUAUUUCAGUACGUUUGGUGAGACAGCACCAGAUUUUUUACUGGAGUUCUUUUCAGUCAGAGCACCUUUUUUUUGUUGCAAGAACUGGAUAAAAUGAUGCGAAAUGAUUGCGAGGACUGGUUUGUGAAAUAACCCAUUCCAAGAGUCUUCAGUCUUCCCCUUCCUAUUGUGCAGAAAAGGUAAGCUCAUUCUGAAUUCCAGCGAGAGAUGCGAUAGAUCAAAGAUCGAUGCGGACUGUCGGCAGGCCUCGCGUUCGUAGAGCCCGAGAAUCCGUUUGGGAAUGUCUCCGGGUGUUUCUGGGGACACUGGGAAUGAGGUUUUCCUGAGAAAGUGUUGUUCCACAAUCCACCUUGCAAGUGUUGGCAAAUGUUAUGCUUUGUGUCAUGCAAUGUAAAUCUUUUUGACAGUUCCA